CGCACCCUUUCGGCCGCCCCACAGGCCACACAUUCCAUUUUAUUCUUUCUUCCACACAAGACGCCUUGCCUAUUUCAUUCCUUUCAUUUUCUCUUUUUUCCUUGUCCGUCCGUCGUCUCCCUCUCGCUAGCUAGCCAUGGCGGAUCAGCUCACAGACAAUCAGAUCUCUGAGUUCAAGGAAGCAUUCAGCCUGUUUGACAAAGACGGAGAUGGAUGCAUUACUACAAAGGAGCUUGGAACAGUUAUGCGGUCAUUGGGACAGAACCCAACUGAGGCUGAGCUUCAAGAUAUGAUCAAUGAAGUUGAUGCUGAUGGGAAUGGGACUAUUGACUUUCCAGAGUUCCUUAAUCUCAUGGCCCGUAAGAUGAAGGACACAGAUUCUGAGGAGGAGCUGAAGGAAGCCUUCCGGGUGUUUGACAAGGAUCAAAAUGGGUACAUCUCUGCUGCUGAACUUCGCCACGUCAUGACAAACCUUGGUGAGAAGCUUACCGAUGAGGAGGUUGAUGAGAUGAUCCGCGAGGCUGAUGUUGAUGGGGAUGGUCAAAUCAACUAUGAGGAAUUUGUGAAGGUCAUGAUGGCCAAGUGAGAAUACAAUCAACCCUCAAACUUAAUCUUUAGACCGACGUAAAAGAGUGAAAAAAAGAGUACAAAGAAGGAAAACAAGGGCAGAUAAGUUUGAGAUUUCCAAUUUCUUGCUAGGAACCAUACAUUGUUUCGGUGCUUUGCAUGUUUUCCCAUUCUCAUUGUUUUCAAAAUGCUACUUACUUUUCCAGUAUCGUGUUUGCUACAUUCCUUGAUUUUGUAGUUCUGGUUCUUACCGACUACUUCUAGUGUUUCUUCCCUAGUAUGACUGUAUGAGCAUGCCAUUGGAGAACUUGCUUGUUUUCUUCAUCAAUGACAUUUUUUGUCAACAUUCUGAUAUCUGCUCCCCCACCCCCACCCCCACCCCACCUGGCUCUCAAAUGUCAUGUGGUUAAACUUGCUCCCCCCUCUCCAAACAUGCACAUGCCGCUUAUGCUGCAACAUUGGAAGCAUUAUAUUUAGACAGAACAAUGUUUCAGGAAGGAAAGGCUCAGAAAAAUACAAAGGGAGUGGGAAUAGAAGAGGAAGAAGAAGAAGGCGGAAAAGAGAUGUUCCCUUGUGUUAUCCCUGCCGCUGCCUCAUUCUGUAACCUCAUAUCUUCCCCAUAUAUCCAUCCUCAGAUUAAUUCCACAUUAACGUGCUCCAUAGAUACACUCAAAUGCG